AUGAGGAGCAGCUGGUUACGCGCGUUGGCCGCGGUGUGCGCCACCGUGGCGCUGGCCCAGGCCGCCGAACCGCAGCAGCAACAAGGCCAGGUCGAGACGCUGGCCAACGGUCUGAAGAUCGAGUACGUGUACACGUUGGACGGAUGCGAGCCCAAGUCCAAGAUCAAUGACAUGCUCACCAUGCACUACACUGGCAAGCUGGUCGACGGCACCAAGUUCGAUUCGAGUCACGACCGAGACCAGCCAUUCACUUUCCAAUUGGGCGUGGGACAAGUGAUCAAGGGAUGGGAUUUGGGAUUGACCAAAAUGUGCGUCGGUGAAAAGAGGAGGCUGACCAUACCGGCCAAUCUAGCUUACGGCGACCGCGGAGCCGGAAACGUCAUUCCCGGAGGAGCCACUUUGGUGUUCGACGUCGAGCUGUUGAACGUUGGCGACCAGGCGCCUACCACAAACGUGUUCAAGGAGAUCGACCAGGACCAGGACAAACAGCUGUCCAGGGACGAGGUGAGCGAAUAUCUGAAAAAGCAGAUGGCAGCGGCCGAGGGCGCAGAGGGCGGUGAUGACAUCAAGCAGAUGAUGUCCGACCACGAGAAGCUCGUCGAGGAGAUAUUCCAACAUGAGGACAAGGACAAGAACGGGUUCAUUUCACAUGAUGAGUUCACCGGGCCCAAGCACGACGAGCUUUGA